AUGCGUAGGGGCCGCUUCGUACUCCAGCGUUGGUUCUCAAGGUCACUUACGAAGCAGCUAGAAUGCGUUCACAUUAGACAACUUGUCAAAUGGCCCCACCCGACUCUCCCUGAAGAUGAUAAGCCUCUCAUCAGCACCCUACAUACAUAUAUAUCUUUUGACUUGCCUGGAUUAUUCCAAUUGAUUACUAUCUAUCUAUCUAUCUAUCUAUCUAUUUCCCUAACUCUCUCUCUCUCUCUUCUCUCUCUCUCUCUCUCUUUGCUUAAUAAUAUCUAUCUAUCUAUCUAUCUAUCUAUCUAUCUAUCUAUCUAUCAGUCUGUUCAUAUCUAUCUAUCUCAGCCUGUUCACAUAUAUCUAUCUAUCUCAGCCUGUUCACAUCUAUCUAUCUAUCUAUCUAUCUAUCUAUCUAUCUAUCUAUCUCAGUCUGUUCAUAUCUAUCUAUCUAUCUAUCUAUCUAUCAGUCUGUUCAUAUCUAUCUAUCUCAGCCUGUUCACAUCUAUCUAUCUAUCUAUCUAUCUAUCUAUCUAUCUAUCUAUCUAUCUAUCUAUCUCAGUCAGUACAGCAAUCUAA